UAUUCACGAGAACACAAAAUUUAAUCGUAAUUGUGUUAAGAAUUUGUUCGAUCACUCGGUAUUAACUACAUACACAAUAUCCCAAAACCCUAAUGCCUGAAUCGCCACCGGUUUCUUCGCCGGCGCCGGCGGGCGACAGCCGGAAAGAGAAGAGAAAGGCUUUAAAGAAGGAGAAGCGAAAGCAGCUGAGGAAAGAGCUAGCAGAGAAGGCGCGCUUGGCCGAAGAAGCUCGCCUCAAUGAUCCAGAGCACCGAAAACAAAUUCAAUUGGAGGAGGAGAAAGAAAGAGAGAGGUUAGAGAGAGAAAGGCUCGAGUUUGAGGAGAGAGAGAGGCUCUUUCUUGAAGCUUUGGCCAAGAAGCAAGCUCGAGAGGAAGAAGAAGAAGAAGAAGAAAGGAGGCGAGCUCUUGAAGAAGAAGCCGAAGAAUCGAAGAAGAAUCAGGAGGAGAAUGAGCCUAAUGAAGAUGACGAUUGGGAAUAUGUAGAGGAAGGUCCACCUGAGAUUAUUUGGCAAGGAAACGAGAUAAUUGUCAAAAAGAAUAGAGUUAAAGUGAAGAAGAAAGAUUCUGACCGGCAUAUAGAGAAAGUGGAUGCUGAUAGACCUACAUCAAACCCACUUCCUCCACAAUCUGAAGCUUUUGCCGAUUACAAAAAUGCACCUCCUAUUUCAGCACAGCAGUUGUUGGAGAAUGUUGCUCAACAAGUUCCCAACUUCGGAACUGAACAGGACAAAACUCACUGUCCCUUCCAUAUCAAAACUGGAGCAUGUAGGUUUGGUUCGCGUUGCAGUAGAGUUCACUUCUAUCCUGAUAGAUCUUGCACGCUGCUGAUGAAAAAUAUGUACAAUGGACCUGGCCUUGCUUGGGAGCAGGAUGAAGGGCUUGAGGACACGGAUGAAGAGGUUGAACGCUCAUAUGAAGAAUUUUAUGAGGAUGUGCAUACAGAAUUCUUGAAAUACGGUGAAAUUGUAAAUUUCAAGGUGUGCAAAAAUGGGGCAUUCCACUUGCGAGGAAAUUUGUACGUGCAUUACAAGUCUUUAGAUUCAGCUGUGAUGGCUUAUCAGGCUAUGAAUGGUCGUUACUUUGCUGGUAAACAGGUAAAUUGUGAGUUUGUUGGGGUGACCCGAUGGAAGAUUGCCAUAUGUGGGGAGUUCAUGAAGACACGAUUGAAGACAUGUACAAGAGGAACUGCUUGUAAUUUCAUCCAUUGUUUCCGCAAUCCUGGCGGAGACUAUGAAUGGGCGGACUGGGAUAAGCCGCCCCCAAGAUUCUGGGUCAAGAAGAUGAUUGCUUUGUUUGGCAAUUCAGAUGAAACUAGGUGUGACAAACAGAUGGAGGAGGAACAUUUGAGGAAGCCAAGAAAAUCCAGCAGGCAACCACAAGAAGAUGAGGAAAGGUACCGUUCUAGAAGAUCUCAUUCAAAAGAGAGUGAUAGUUGUAGAAGAAGAUUUAGUAGAAGUCGUUAUGAGGAUUAUGACAUUCGGAAGAGCACAGACCGACAUAGACUCCCUAGUAGGGAUGAAGGCAAAUGGCAGAGAACUCUUGAGGAGCACAGUUGCAAGGAAACAAACUUGACAAGACUCCAGCACAGAAGUAACAGAACUGAUGAUAGUGAUUCUGCUGGAGAUCACUCGGAUAUUGAAAGAAAUACCGAGACAUUUCAGGGUAGAACCAGGAAGGGUUCAAGAAGCCUUCGUAGCAAAGUAAAAGAGUUGGGGGGGUACUCUAAAGGCAGAAGAAAGAGGACACGUGAAACUGAUACAGAUGGAGAUUCGUCAGAUUGUGAUACAGGCAGAGAAAAGAAGCAUGAUAUUAAACUUAAUCACAAAUCCCUGACCACUAAAUGCACAACCGAGCACAAGUUCAAAGAUGUCAGGAGCAGCAGAACUCAUGAAAACUCCUAUGAUGGUGACCUGUCGGAUAGCGACAUAAAAAUAGGCAGACAUCGAGGUCCUAAAAAUAAAAGCUCUAGCCAUUCUAAGGAAGUAUCCAAGGUACUGGAUGAUUUUGGUAAUAGUAGAAGUGGAAGUCAUGUCACAGAUAGUGGAGAAUGGUCAGAUGAAGGCAGAGACAAGCACAGGCAAAGGAAAGGCUUGAGAAGCAGGAAGAAAGCGUCUGCAAUCCACGAGCAUACAAGGUCAAGAGAGAGCGAAACUCGUACUAUUAAUUGCCGUGCAGUUCUGUUGGAGGAAGAGAGAUACCGGCCUGAAGAGUCCCCAGAAGAGAGAUACUGGCCUGAUGACUGAAAAUGUGAAAUCAGAAUUCCAUUUUAGAAGAAAGCUUCUGUAUUUCAAGGUGAGCGCUAGGAAACGACUUCAGAAUCCAGGAAAGUGGCUCUGGUAGAUAUCAGAUUAAUUAGAAUAGUUUGUGCCUUUGUGGUGACUCCUAUUGGACAAGAUUUGGAGCUGAUGUUAUAUGUUUAUCGCUCUACAUGAUUUCCGCCGGCUUGCAUUAUUAGACCGUUAUUAUGAUCUUUUUAUGAUGUUGAUAGAAAUGUCAUAUUUCUUUA